AUGUUAUGGCUCCGUCUGUGGUUCGUCUACAUUGGGGUGCAACAUUUUGAAGUUUGCAUGGCCAAUAUUCGUGUCUUCGAUGGCGGAAUAUCCAGUGCUACUACAAUGGACAAACUGAACGUAGUUUUAGAAGACCGACAUACGCCAACUAAACAACGGGACUCUUGUGAUCCGCGGAGAAAAGGUCCCGUCACGAAAUGUCGGUGGCGUAGACUUUGUUGUCCACCCGUCCAUUCUCCAUCUCGUAGACUCAUACGUGAUCCUUUCCCCUCGUAUAUCAUCCGCAAUGAUAAAGCAUAUCAUAAAUUUGUUGUUGGAGACUUCAACGCCAGAAUAGGAAAGGCCAACGAGAGCGAAUACAGGAUCGGAAAUUUUGGAUUAGGAGAAAGAAAUGAGGAUGGGAACUAUCUCGCAGGACUCCUGUCAGCAGCACGCCUCUUUCAUGGGAACUCGUUCUUCCAGAAGAAAGAAAGCCGCCGCUGGACAUGGGAGUCUCCCAACGGCAUGGCUCAUGCGGAGAUCGACCAUAUUCUGACAAAUAGAAGAUGGUGCCUACUUGACACAUCGACAGUCUCGUCAUUCUAUACUGGUUCCGAACACCGCCUUCUUCGCGCGAAGAUUCGAUUGAGCCGCAAGCUGGAAAAGAACUCUCUUCAUCGACCACGACGAAAAAGUCUAGCUGUAUACGACGAGAACAUUCUGAACGAAACCUUGCGCAAACGUGACUGGCUGAUUAAAGGAGAUCCGACCGAAGAUUACGAGCUGCUUGUCGAAGGAUUGAAAAGUUGUGCCGAGUUAGCUUCAGUUCCUCAUGCGAGAUCGGAUCGCAUCUCCAUCACUACUAAGGAGUUGCUCGAAAAGAGAAGGAAACUGAGGCUUGAUCCUACUGCAACACAGUCAUGUCUCGCCAUUGAACAGGCCUUGGAAGCUGUGGAAACGAUGCGAAAGUCGUAUUUGCCUCGUCUGACAGAUUGCACUACUAUAGGAGAACAUAGCAAUGCACCCUACUAUCAUCGAAUGAUAGCCGUCGACGAGAUUUCUCUGGAAAUUGACACUGAGCUUUGUGCUUUUUUUGAGGCCGCUGGCCUCAUCAACUUUCAUGUGAUCACCCUACAAGAGACGAAAAGCGGGAAGACCGACAUUCAACCAUUAGAUGUACAAUUAGCUCGAAUCGAUCCCCAGUUGGCUCGAAAUGCUGGCGAGUCAACCCUGGCGUAUUUGACGCGUGUUAGGCACAAAAUGCCAUCGCUUCCGGUCCCAUUAAUACAGCGUAUUGCUUAUAUGCAUGAAGCAGCUCGCUUCAGACCACAGAAAUUCGAACUGAAACAUUUGAUGGAGUUGCGCUCUCUACUGAAUCAGUUUGUAAAAAUUAUUGGCGAUGCACCUGUAGUAGACGCGGCCACACCAGCUAGCCCUGCCAAGGGAAUUCUUCAUCAUCUGGGACAGAAAGCGCUUGUAAACAAAAAGAGACGGUCGAAUUUUGGCGGAAGCGACGGCGAAGCAAGGACAUUUUUUCAAGUUGCCGGUUCUGAUCGCGUGGUCGCGAUGAUGAGUUUCGCUGGACCGCGCGAUCCGAUGCGUAACCGGCGGUACUAUGAGGAUCGUCACGUUCUGUCGUCCGAGCACUCGGUGGCAACUGCUCGAUUGAAAAACGUGAACGAUUCGACUUUUAUAUCACCGUCGAGGUCGAUUUCUGGUGGGGAAAAUGGUGUAUCGACCACCCAGAAAGCCGCACCGAUGUCAGAUUCAACAUCACGUCGGCUGCCGGUGAGAGUUUCCAUCACAAAUGCUUCACCAACACGUAGUAGUGGGGGAGCUGCAGGAGAUUUUGGUAGUCUCAUGAAGACGACUUGGAACGAUAUCAAAGAACUGUUAGGAUUCAUACCUCCCUGUCAUAAUGGAGGCACAAGAAAGGUUGGUGCUGCCUGUGAGUGCCCAAAACUGUUUGAAGGAAAUCUUUGUGAGAAGCGGAUAUGUUUGAAUGGUGGGAAGUUGGAAAGGGCGAAAUACGGCCCUGUUUCUUGGGAUUGCAAGUGUCCAACACCGCAGUAUAUUGAAGGAGCCCAUUGUGAAACCGUACGAUGUGGUAACAAUGCGCACUUGCGCACGGAAGAAUUUACUGCACCAUAUGCCGUGUUUGCCAUACCGUUGGCGUGUCUAUUGUUGUUCGCGUUGUGUAUAGCAGUAUGUCAAAUGGAUCUAUGCCCAAGAAGACGGUCGUCUCGUCAUCGCUUAUCGGAUUCGGUUCAAGGAAAUUCUGCUCCACGUAGUAGACGCAGAACUGCGACAUGUACGCAGACAAGACCCCGUGGCAAUCCAGCGGCUGGUCAACGAACCGCAGUCACCCAGAUUAGUGGUGUCGACCCGAUGUCGACCGUGAAACCACUGGAUCCACCUCCUAGUUACGAACAAGCUAUAUCCGCUGUGCCAGUUCCACAACCACCGAGCUACACCGAAGCAGCUCAUGAAUGUUCUCCACCUCCACCUCCUCCUCGGCAACCACCGUUGCCACCGCCUUCGUGA